UUAGUUUUUUUUUGGGGGGGGUUUUCAAAGUCAGCCUGCAUCCUACCAGGUCUCACUUCACACGGUCCCUUCUGUAACCAAGUAAAGCCUCCAGCAGCAGCAGACAGCCAUGAGGAGCUUCCCGGAGACGUGUGCCCUGCUGUCAGGCUGCCUGCUCCUCGCCUCCCUCUCCAGUCACGGAUUUAAUCUGGAUGUGGAGCGGCCGGCGGUGUACUCCGGGGCGGACGGCAGCUUGUUCGGCUACUCGGUGGAUUUCUACCUCCCGGAUAACCAGAGUGUUAGUAUCCUGAUUGGAGCUCCCAAGGCAAAUACAAUGCAAUCGCAGGUGGCUGAAGGAGGUGCUGUGUAUUAUUGCCCCUGGAAAAGGAAUGUCAAUGACUGUACGCCUAUCGAAUUUGACAAAGAAGGCAACCGCAGGCAUACCUUCUACUCUGCUGAUGGGAAUUCAACUCGUCAAGAACAGGUGGAAUAUAAAUCUGGACAAUGGUUCGGAGCAACUGUCCGCUCACAUGACAAAUUUAUUCUGGCUUGUGCUCCUAGAUACAGCUGGAGAACACUAAAAGACGAAGUAUAUAGUGACAUGGUGGGAACAUGCUAUUUGUCUUUUGACAAUUUUACAAAUUUUGUGGAGUAUUCGCCUUGUCGUACAGAUCAUGUGUCGGAAGAAGGCCAGGGAUACUGCCAAGGUGGCUUUGCUGCUGAGUUUACAAAGAAUGGAAAAAUACUACUGGGUGGACCUGGAAGCUAUUACUGGCAAGGUCAGGUCUUCACUGCUACUCCAGAUGACAUUCAGAAAGACUUCUACGCUGAAUACUUUGUGCUAGAAAUCAAAGGACAAAUGCAGACCCGUCAGGUUUAUCAAACCUACGACGACAGUUACAUGGGUUAUUCUGUAGCAGUCGGAGAGUUCAGUGGAGAUAAUACUGAAGAUUAUGUGGCUGCAGUUCCCAAAGGAAAUGAUACUUAUGGAUAUGUUACCAUCCUGAAUGGAACUGAUCUAAAAUCACUUUAUAACUUCUCAGGAGAACAGAUGGCCACAUACUUUGGUUAUUCACUGGCUGCUGCUGAUUUCAACGGUGAUGGCCUGGAUGACCUUCUUAUUGGCGCACCAUUAUUCAUGGAGAAAACACAUGAUGGAAGAACUCAGGAAGUGGGCCGUGUCUAUGUCUAUCUGCAGGGUUAUAAUAUGUCUCGCAUCCCGUCCCUGGUCCUGACUGGGCAGCAGGAGUAUGGUCGGUUUGGUAGUUCCAUUGCUGUUUUAGGAGAUUUGGACCAAGACGGCUUCAAUGAUAUUGCAAUUGGUGCUCCCUUUGAUGGUAAAGAUAAAAAAGGAAUGGUGUUCAUCUUUAAUGGUAAUUCAAAGGGACUGAAUCCUAAACCAUCUCAAGUACUGGAAGGAUUGUGGGGCUCUUCUCUGACACCUUCUUUCUUUGGGUUCUCCAUCAGAGGAGGAAAAGAUCUUGAUGGCAAUGGCUACCCAGACCUUAUAGUGGGUGCCUUUGGUGCUGAUAAAGCCUUGGUUUAUCGGGGACGUCCUAUUGUUCAUGCUAGUGCAUCUUUGUCCAUCUCAUCAGCAAUGAUUAACCCAGAAGAGAAGACCUGUGUAAUGGAGGGCACGGAUAUCCCUGUAUCUUGUGUAAACCUUAGUUUCUGUCUGAACGCUUCAGGAAAGCAUGUACCUAAUACGAUCGGGAUUAAUGUCGAGCUGCAGCUGGACUCUAUGAAGCAGAAAGGGGCCGUGAAAAGAAUGCUGUUCCUGAAAUCCGGCCUUCCCCACCUAACUCAAAGCGUACUUUUGCAUAACGGAGGCCAGGAACAAUGCAGUGAAAUGAAAAUUUACCUCAAGAACGAGUCUGAGUUUCGGGACAAGCUUUCUCCAAUUUUCAUCUCUCUGAACUUCUCCUUGGAUGCACAGGCUCCGACUGAUGCCCAUGGGCUGUUGCCAAUUUUUAAUUACCGGACUAAGAACCACAUAGAGCAGAAGGCGCAAAUUCAGCUGGACUGUGACAAUAAUAUCUGCGUCCCUGACUUGAAACUGAACGUGACCAGUGAUCGAAAAUCUGUGUAUCUCGGUGACGACAACUCAUUAGUGCUGCUAUUUAAUGCUGUAAAUGAUGGAGAAGGUGGUGCUUACGAGGCUGAACUCUAUGUCCUCUUGCCCCCAGAGGCAGAAUACAGUGGCAUUCUGAGAAACGAAGGCACCGCUUUGUUGAUGCAGACCUUGGCGUCAAGACAAAUCUUCAAAAAAUCUCUAAAAGAGGAAUCCGAAGCUGGUACCCCAGAAGAUGUAGGAACAGAUAGCAUGAAUGUCUUCCCGGGAGGUAUGUCUUUUAACAGGACAGGAGCCACUGUGAUCAAGCAAGCAGGAUCUACAAUGUACUGGGGCUACUUCUGCUGGUCGGAGAAGUCAAAUGACCGAGACAGAGUAUCUGCCUGGAUGUUCUUCUCGGCCGGGUGA